AUGGUUUGCGCCAAGUGCCAGAAACUUAACAAGACUACACUCGCCACACCGGGGGUAAAGAAGAAGAGCGAGAUGUACUACGGCUCCCCAGCGUCUUCAUCCACCUCGACUGGAAAGAAAUCGGCUACGCUCGGACAGACGGGCAUCUCUAAGAGCAAACUACUUUCCAAGACGGCAAAGAACCCAUAUGCUCAGUACUCGAGCUCCUGCACCCGGUGCAAGGCCAAAAUCUCUCAGGGACACACAUACUGCAAUCAAUGUGCCUACCGGUCAGACUCGUGCCACAUCUGCGGCAAGUCAAACAAGCCAAAGUCAGCCGUGCCCACAGUAGAUGGUCAGAAGCGCACUUUCAAAUGA